AUGGCUGCACCUGCAGGCGUUUACCGCAACACGCUGCUGCAGGCGGUGUACUUCGGCCCUGGUAGUGUGACGAGCUCGCUACCGGCUGCGAUCGAGUCGCUCAAUCUGCAGCAGAAGAAGGCGUUUAUCCUGACGGGCAAGAGUCUUGCGACCAAGACGCGCGUGAUCGAACGCAUCCAGACCAUCCUUGCAGACAAGGGCUACUACAGCGGCGAGACGUACUACGACAUUGGGGAGCACGCGCCUGUAGCGGGGAUCCGUGAAGCGGUGGAGCGAAUCAAGACUUCCAAUGCGGAUGUGAUUGUCGCUGUUGGCGGUGGGUCGCCCAUUGAUGCUGCCAAGGCGGUAUCGUUCUACCGACACCGCGAGGUGCACGGUGAAGAGAGUGCGCGCAAUGCGCUCACCGACGCGAAGCUCUUCAUCCCGACCAUUGCAGUGCCUACGACGCUCAGUGUGGCGGAGACGACGCAGAACGCAGGAUUCAAGUCGGACGAGGGACACAAGAUCGGUGUUUCGUCCAGGAACCUCGUCCCGCGUGCGAUUGUGUACGAUGCAGAAUUGACCAUGGAUACGCCCGAACGGCUGUGGCUCUCAACUGGUAUCCGUGCUCUAGACCACGCGGUGGAGUAUCUGUACCGACCGGAUACGCACCAGCUUCUCACGCCGAGUGUUCAAGCCGCAGUGCGUGCGCUCUUUACCUAUCUGCCCGUGUCCAAGCAGAAUCCAGACGAUGUAGAGGUGCGCCAAAAGCUCCAGCUGGCUUGCUUCAACUCGCUCUGGCCCGAAAGUCGCAUGGGCGCCCUAGGCCUCAGCCAUGGCUUGGGGCACAAACUCGGCGCAACUUACGCCAUCUCGCACGGCAUCACUAGCUGCAUCACCCUCCCCGGCGCCGUCCGCUUCACAGCCACCUACAAGGACACGCCUCUGCACCAUCUGCAGAACCUAGCAGACACUCUAGCCUUCAUCCCACCCCCCUUCAAUCCCAACCCGGCCCCCCUCGGUCCUGCGCCCGGAUCGGCAAAGACGCAAGAGGAAGAGCUGAGGACCAAGGCGCAACAGGUCGCCGACGCCAUCCAGCAACUCGUCGAUCAACUUGGUCUGCAUUCCACCCUCAAGAGCUCCGGUGUCGACAAGGACCAGUGCGAAAAAAUCGCCACCCAGGUGACGGGCGAGGACAAGAAGGGAUCCGAAUACUGGAACGGCGUCAAGCAGAUCCUUGACGACGCAUACGAGUGA